CGAGAACGUCGCAGACUGAACCAAGCGAGAUACCGGCAUAGGCAGCGCGGGUUGAUUCAACGCCUUGAAGAAGAGAGCGCCCAGUUACAAGAAGAGAUUGAGCGGCUUGGAGCUUGGCGCCAGAAGAAGCUGAUCGACGCUCCAACCUACAAAUCGCUGUGGAAUAUUGCGUCCGAGUACUUCCACCUCUUCCAACGCGCCUUGAGGCCGCUCCCAGCAGCUGAGCACGUGCACGGAUUGUCGUUCUUGGAGAGUGUCAUGGUGCCUGACGUGAUAAGCGCCUCGGGUAGCGGCAUGUACGCGCUGCUGGACAAUUGGGUGCUGGUCUCACACUUCUUUGAGGAUAUCCACGUUGACCUCGAGCGUAUGGACAAAGCCUCCGUGGUCGCAACAACUACGACAAGCGUCACGAUUUCUGCCAACGCGCUACGACGAGCCUUUCCUCACUUGGUCAACGAAGCUGAACAAGGAGAAUCGUGGCCCCCGCUUUCCAUCAAACUGCUGGGUCAGCGUGUCGUCAUGCGUGGGUCGGUGUACUUUCAGUGGAAUGACAAGGCGACCAGAGUCGCGGUCAUCCAAAGCGAAUCGGACAUGCUUUCACCAAUUCUCAACAUUUUGGGAAACUUGACCGAUGUAUCGCGGGUAUUUGACGAAGCGCUCAUCUCUCCAACUUUCAGG